AAUGCAACCGAGGGGGUGUGCGAUAAAAUCGGCGCAUAUUUUAAACCUCGCCUCUGUAGCAAGGAUUGUAAUGUGGUACAAGUGAAACAUCUUGAUUACAACUUUCGACUAGGCGUGAUACAGACAUACAGUAGCAAUAUGUCCCAGCCACCCACAACCAAACUGAAGGUCUUCGUUGCCUUGAUUAUCAGUGUGCUGGUUCUGGUAACAUUGAGAAGUCUCGGAUUCAUUGACUUACAUUUAUCUACGUAUUCUGGACAAAUGCCGAACGAUGCCAGACACAAUACCACUGGAUACCAAAGACUGGAUAUUGUGAAAAAGGAGGACAUUUUACAGAAAGAACCAGAAUACAGGAAGAUAACUACAUUAGGAAAUCUUAAAACCGUUGCUAACCCAAAAAACUCCUACAUUGAAAUAAGAAACAAAAAAACUCAAUACCACAUCGGCGAUACAAUAGAAAUCUACGUCCAGCUUCGUGACUCACGCAAUAAGUCUAUCACCAAAGGCGGAGAUGUUCUACGUAUAUGGAUAAUAGAAGAAUCAUUAAAUGCCAGUGCCGCAGGUCAUGUUAUUGAUUUAAACAAUGGUUCAUUCCUGGGAUUCGUCGAGGCACUCUGGGUCGGUUCCCCAAAUAUCAAAGUAGCAAUCGGUUGUACGAAAGAGCACGUAGGAUUAUAUCUCAAUUUUCUCGAGAAACAUGGAACUUUUUUUUAUGUAAUUGGAAUAUUUCAAAAAGAAGGUCAUCCUGGAAAAAAGGAAACACAGUGUGCGUCUAUCCCUAAUUCACAAUUUUUCAAGGGACCUAUUUGUAAUUUUACAGAGGAUAAUUUCAACAUGUCUUUCUAUUGUGAAAAACCCGUGGAAUAUGAGUGCAAAGAUUGGACAAUAUUCCGGGAUGAUAGCGAACAGCCUCCUUUGGAUAGAAAAACUGCUUCGUUCUUCAGCUCGAGCGUCUACAAAAUAAUUAAAGAAGUCACAGUCAAUGUUACAGAAGAUUUUGUCAGACGUCGGAAAGUCUUAUCCCCUGUCAAGUCCUGUAGCGAUUUUCCAGCAGCUGAAACAUGGAACCGAAAUGUACCAGUAGGGUAUAUGUACGAAAACAAAUGGAUCUCACUUCAGUGUUCCAUUGACUUUCCAAGAACUACACAGGCCUAUACAAAAUGCCUUACAAAAACAACACUAAUAUCUAUUGGUGAUUCUACAUCACGGAUUUUUUUUGUAAAUAUGAUGAACUUCCUUAGCCUAAAGCUGGAACCUCCUGAAGAGAAAUAUAUGAACGUCGUUAAGGCAUGGCAAACGCCUAUGAAUGCCUCGUCCCCAGACGGCGAGAUUAGUAUUGAAUGGAUGCCUCACGAACAUCCAUUCGCAAGUGCAGGGUUUAGAAGAAAUCUAUGUUCUGUAUCCGAACGUCUUAGUAAAAUAGGAAGCAACCGCAAUGUUAUAAUUUUAAUACAUUAUUACCUUCAUCCUGCUAGAUAUCUCAGUCCUGAGCUUUACCGGCAUCACGUGAAGAAUGCAGUGGUAGCCAUUAAAAGUCUAUUACAGCGUUCACCGAAUGCCAAGAUAGUAAUUAAAGGUCCACAUUCCACCACGUACCCACAUUCACAUGUUCCGUAUGACUUUGUGGCAAAGUUCAUGGAACAAGUAAUAUACGAAGAAUUUAAGGAUAUCCACAAUUCAGUAUAUUACGUAGAUUACUAGGACUUGACAAUAGGCAACCAAAACGUGAUGCCUCACCCACCAGACCAUGUGAACAACAUUAUGAUUCACAACUUUUUGUCAUUUGUUUGUCAUAAAUAAAAAUUUCUUGACGUGUUUGAUCUUAACAUCCGUAUAUUUGUAUAUAAUGCGUGCAGAGAUACUUUACCUUAAAGAUAACGUAUUUGACAAGCGGCAGCAGUUUGAUGAAACUAUAUGAUGCCAUUUGUCUACUACAUGUAAUAUUUAUAAUAUUGAGAGGCAAACCUAACUAUAAUACAUGAUAAGUUACUUGCAUACAAUUCAGAAUAUCUUAUAUGCACAUAUAUACCGUUCAAAUACCAAAACAGUCCCAAUCAUCAUGUUUAUACACAAGUGUCUAAUUCAUAUUGUAUCUGAAAACAUCUGUUUUCCUAUGAAUAUUUUAUUAUGAUUUCUACAAGGUUAUCAUAAUCGUCAGAGUUAGGGAAAAUCUAGCGUUGGAAUCAAUGGGAAAGCUUCAUCAUUUCAACUGUUUUGCUACCAUACCAUAUAUCACAUGCAGUGGGAUUCAGUACACUUAUUCUUUUACCAAAUAAACAAGGACUAAAUAGUUAGAUAGGUGCACGGUCGGGUUCUUAAAAGAAAACUCUAAUUAGAGAUAAAGGUUCGGAUGCAUUAGAUAACAAUGACAAAUCGUAAUUGCAUUUUUUCAGACAAGGUCCGAAACCUUAGAAUGGCAUGGAUAUUUAAUGAUAGACUAAACCAGAGUUUCCAAUAUGUAUUUGGGGAGUCAAACAAUCAAGACACACGGGUCAAACGUACUUAGAAAUGACACGUCUAUUUAUAGCCACGCACUGUACCUGUUAGCUAGGUACAUAGGUAUGUUCACGGAUGCAUGCACCACUCCAGCAAUCUGAACGGAGCCAUGUAACAGAUGAUUUUAAUCAGAUUGACCCUCCAGUUUCUGUUCACAUAUUUAAAAUAAAUACUCUAUUGUUGUCUUGUUUGUUAAAUGUGAGGAGAGCGACUCGUAGCUUUUGAAAUGUUCGUAAUCCUCGGGAAACAAAGAAUUAAACACAUGUAGCAUAAACAUUCUAGACGUACAUAAUCAAAAUACAUAUAAUUUAAUGAAACACAUUUGAGACAUUUGAGUUAAUGAUUCAUAGGAGAAACCAGCGUCAAGGCUACUUGAGCCCUUGUGUCCUUGUAAAUAACAUAUGUCGAUGGAUUCUGUGUCAGUGUUGCCAGUUGUACAUUACGUAACAUACUGCUUUUAUUGUCAACUGGAUGUCACCUGUUAAACAACAAUAGUGUUGCCAAGUUGUAUAUUUUUUAUGACGUUAGUAAUACUAUUAAUUGAAAAUUACGUAAAAUUUGACUAUUUUAGAUAAAGCGUAACGUUAAAUUAUGUAACAUCAUGUAACGUUAAAUUAUGUAAGAUCAUGUAAUGUUGAAUUAUGUAAGAUCAUGUAACGUUAAAUUAUGUAAGAUCAUGUAAUGUUGAAUUAUGCGAAAUUGUGGGUAAUGUUCAAUUAUGUAAGAUUGCGCGUCGUGUUAAAUUAUGUAAGGUUAGAGUUUAUGGUUAAUCUGAAAGACUGUGUGACUUUACAUUAUGUAGGACUGUGUGUAAUGCUGCAUUAUGUAGGAUUGUGUGUAAUGUUGCAUUAUGUAGGAUUGUGUGUAAUGUUGCAUUAUGUAGGAUUGUGUGUAAUGCUGCAUUAUGUAGAACUGUUUGUGAUGUUGCAUUAUGUAGGAUUGUGUGUAAUGUUGCAUUAUUCAGGUUGUGUGUAAUGUUGCAUUAUGUAGGAUUGUAU